AUGACGAAUAAUAGCGACUUGAAGACUGGGGAUCUAGUUUUAUGUAAAGUUGGUUCGUUUCCACCGUGGCCGGCAGUAGUGUUUCCUCAAAGAUAUUUAAGGAACGACGUGUACAAGAAAAGAAAAGCUGCAAGAGUAGCUGUUUGUUUCUUCAAUGACCCAACAUAUUAUUGGGAACAGCCACAGAAAUUGAAGAGGUUGACUUCUGAAGUUAUACAUGAUUAUUUUAAAGAGAAAAAAACUAAUGCAUCUCUUCCAGAUUUAAUCGCUGCUUAUAAGGAAGCUAAGAAUUUUACAAAUUUGAAUGAUUUUAUAACGGCAAAAUUCUCUGAAGAAGGAAGGCUAGAUGAGUUAUUAGAAGAGAGUAUCCCGCAGGGCGAGGAUCCAUUUUUGAGUAAAGGUCAUCAGAGAUCAAAGAAAAAUAAUGGUAAACAAGGUGAUAGCACAGAUGGGACAUUUGAUUAUUCAAAUAAUAGUACUUCAACAAAUGAAUCCUCUAGAAAAAAAAGAAAAUUAAAAUCAGAUGAAUCUAGUGAGAAUGAAAAAAAUUUAGAUACACAAGUGAGCUCAUCAGAAAAAAAUACAAAUGCAAUAGAAACCACUAAGAAUAAAAAUUCCACAAAGAAAAAGAGAGCUAAACUAGAUAGCUCCAGAAACAUUGAAAUAUGUAUGUUAUUCCGUAGAAAGAUACAGAAGAAUUUAAUUCAAAGGGACACUGCACCUUCCAAUCAAGAAUUAGAAGAAACACAUAAUUUAUUGACUAAAAUCGAAGAAAAUCUAUAUAAUAAUCCAAAUUUCUUUGACAUCAAUGCUUUAAGACAAAGUAAGUUACAUAAAUUACUUAAAGUCAUCGUCAAUGAUAGCAAUCUAUCCGAAUUCCAUGAAGUUUCAAAAAGAAUUUUGUUAUCCUGGACAAAUACUAUUCAUCAACUGAAGUUAGAAAAAAUUGCAGAACAUAAAGAGAUUCAAGAAAUAUAA